UCUGGCCGGGAAAUGGACCCGCCAGCAUCCCCAGGCCACCCCCACCGGCAGCCAGUGGACGCAGUGUCCACCCCACUCGCCGCGCGCCGGCCGUAGGAGAGAACGCAGGCGACGCGCGGAGUGACUGCGGCCGGGGCUCUGGCCUCUCGCCACGCAGGGGCUGACCCAUCACCACCAAGGCCUAGCCUUUGACACAGCUUGAACCACAUUCUAGAAACGAGAUGGCAGUAGAGAGACUGGCCCAUUCCUGAGCCCAUGAGGGGUGAGGAGGCCCCUUCAGGCCCAAAGAUGGGGAACAUCACAGCGGACAACGCCUCGCUGCACUGCGCCAUCGACCACACCAUCCACCAGACCCUGGCCCCGGUGGUCUACGUCACCGUGCUGGUGGUGGGCUUCCCGGCCAACUGCCUGUCCCUCUACUUCGGCUACCUGCAGGUCAAGGCCCGGAACGAGCUGGGCGUGUACCUGUGCAACCUGACGGUGGCCGACCUCUUCUACAUCUGCUCGCUCCCCUUCUGGCUGCAGUACGUGCUGCAGCACGACCACUGGUCCCACGGCGACCUGUCCUGCCAGGUGUGCGGCAUCCUCCUCUACGAGAACAUCUACAUCAGCGUGGGCUUCCUCUGCUGCAUCUCCAUCGACCGCUACCUGGCCGUGGCCCACCCCUUCCGCUUCCACCAGUUCCGCACCCUGAAGGCCGCCGUGGGCGUCAGCGUGGUCAUCUGGGCCAAGGAGCUGCUGACCAGCAUCUACUUCCUCAUGCACAAGGAGGUGGUGGAGGACGGCGACCAGCACCGCGUCUGCUUCGAGCACUACCCGCUCGAGCCGCGGCAGCGCGGCAUCAACUACUACCGCUUCCUGGUGGGCUUCCUCUUCCCCAUCUGCCUGCUGCUGGCCUCCUACCGCGGCAUCCUGCGGGCCGUGCGCCGCAGCCACGGCACCCAGAAGAGCCGCAAGGACCAGAUCCAGCGGCUGGUGCUCAGCACCGUGGUCAUCUUCCUGGCCUGCUUCCUGCCCUACCACGCGCUGCUGCUCGUGCGCAGCCUCUGGGAGUCCAGCUGCGACUUCGCCAAGGGCAUCUUCAACGCCUACCACUUCUCCCUCCUCCUCACCAGCUUCAACUGCGUGGCCGACCCCGUGCUCUAUUGCUUCGUCAGCGAGACCACGCACAGGGACCUGGCCCGCCUCCGGGGGGCCUGCCGGGCCUUCCUCGCCUGCGCCAGGACCGGCCGGGCCAGGGAGGCCUACCCGCUGGGUACCCCCGAGGUCUCUAGAAAGAGCGAGGACCCCGAGCUGCUGGCGAAGCUCCACCCGGCCUUCCGCCCUCACCCGCUGGGAGCGGGAGGGUCCCCGGCGGGGGCGCUGAACUAGCCGGGUCCCCCACGUGCGGGGCGAGUGGAGACCGGGGCUUGCUCGACGGCUGCCCCUGCUUGGCCACCGGCAGGCGCCUCUUGCUGCCCGAGCGAGGAGGGGAUGAUGGGCCUGGGCCGCAGAUGACCCUUCUGGUUCCAGGGAGCCUGCUGUGGCUGCCGGGUCCGACGGGGCUGCCGAGUGUGUCGUCUGCUGUUGGCUGGGCUGCUGGUGGGAGGACGACCAGGUCACCUCCUGGUCACCUCCAGGAGGUGUCCAAAGAGAAGCUGGGGUGGGGAGCACAGAGUGUGAGGACAUGGAGAAAGGGGCCUGGGAGGGGAGGGUGGGGACCACCUGCCAGGACCUUCCAGGGCUGUGGUCACAGAUGACACCUGUCCCAGUGCACUCGUGCUGUCUGAGGAGGUGACACACGAAGGUGACUUGUCAUCUUUAGCAUUUGAGCCCCACACCACAAAGGGGCGGGAAAGAAGGCGGAUGGAGCCAGGAGGUUGGAUAGGGAGCAGGACAGUGGGGAGGCGUUUGGGGCCCUGGGAGUGUGUGUGUGGGGGGACAGUGGGGAAGCGAUUAGCAGAGGAGAGACCCCAGAUCCAGCCAAGUCACAGUUUCACAGGGAGAGUUGAGCGGAUUCCUCCAUCUGGGGAAGGUGGAAAAUAAAUUUUCCAGGGCUGGUGGAAAAUAAAUCUUAGGGCUCCCGGGGGCUCCGUGGGGGUGAUGUCUCUGAUCUUUUAAGUUAAGUGUCAGGACAGAGGCCUAAAGCAGGGUGUCCGAGUUCCCUACACACAGUCCUCCUCAUUUAUUUUCUAUUUCUACCUGCCUAGAAGGACCAGACCUGGAAGCCUGGGACUUUGUGUGUGUGUGUGUGUGUGUGUGUGUCCAUGGUUAAAAUGCCGGGGUCUCUGAGACAGCUAUGCAUCAAGACACUGAAGCUAGAGUCACGGGACUGCGGGCAGUGUCCCCGCCAUACACAGCGUGGAUGCCAGGCCGUCUCGGAGAUGAUUGUUCUCCCCAAGUUCUUAGAUACAACAAAGCAAACAACAGAGAGAUGGCAUUCUCAGCCCAAGACCUGGCUUAAAGCACCACUGUGGUUUUAAUAGCCCCUGUGACCCAAAGAGGAGGAGGCCCUAGGCUCACCCUGCCUCCUUUGUGCUCCAGCACUUUCCCUCUGCCACGUGUCCCACCUCACUCACCAGGGGCGUGACAGCGGGCCUGCAGGCCACAUGCAUGCCACCCAGGAUACUGACCACGGUGUCCCAUUCUGUCCUGGAAGGCUGGGCACGAGGCUCAUCUCUCCUGUAACUUCCUGCCUAUUCAUGUUAAGCCUCUGCCUGGGGAACCUACCAAGGACCAGAAGAGCUUCUUGCUGCUCCAAGGACCUGCCCUCCUCUACUGAAAUGCUAGCGCUUCAGGUUUCCUGAUCGAGUGGCUGGGGCCAGCUCUGACUUCCCUCGAAGACCUGGGAUUUGAGCUCGCACAGCCAAGGGGCUAGGUGGGCUCCAGCCUGGGAAGGGACCAGGGGUGGAAGAUAGAAGCUGGCAUCAGUAGAACGUUUCUGGAAUCUGCUAAAGAGGGGACCAAGGCGAACAUCUCCUUCAAGGCCUUCUUCUCACCCCUCCCCUCUUCCAGACAUAGAUUCACCCUGAGUUUCUUAACCUUCCUGUGCGGGGUCCCCAGAGGCUGAGAGCAGGGUGGACGAGCCCUAAGAAAGUGGGGUUCCAGGGCUACCCUUGGUUUUGACUGGGCAGCUCCCUCUCAGCUCCUUCUGGGAGGCCUCUCACAACCUGGGGAAGUUCGCUUCCCAUUCCUGGAGGCAGAAGUGACCAAGCCUGAAAAUGGCAGGAAUGGCCAUACAGCCAAGAAAAGCCCACCCACCCCCAGCCCAGGAUCUUAUGGGGGGAAAUGGCGCUGGUUGAGCCCUCCAUGCCUCCUCAUUCCAAACUUCCUCCUAUUUUGAUCUUAACCAUGAGCAUUCCCACUGGGAUAAACUGGGAUGAGCUGAGGGCAGUUCCAUUUACUAUCAAGAGUUGUAUUUUUGUAUUGUCGUCUCUCUGAUGCCAAGUAUACAUGUGUUGGACCAUGCAACAGAUCUGUGUAGCAAACUUGAGUCUGCAAAUAAAGCAAAGUAACCAUUGCCA